GCGCAGGCGCAGAGGCUGCGCUGUGUUUUUCCUUCUCCUCCCGGAGACAGUCUGCGGCUCGGACGGAAAGUUGAGAAUAUGGCGGCGGAGCAGCGACGGACUGGGUCCCCCCCGUUCCGGCCUGGUGUCAGGCCGCGGCUCCUAGCAGCGAGGGCUGCGGCGGUUUCUGGAAGUUUCUUGAAGUGGGGCCUCUUGCUGGCGCUGUUUAUGUCUGUGUGCGGCUGGCCCGGAGCCCAGGGCAAGGAGUGUGAGAAGCGGUGUGUGCACGGGAACUGCAGUGCAGCGGGCGGACAGUGUGUGUGUCAAGCCGGCUGGGUCGGGGAGCUGUGUCAGCACUGCGGCGGCAGGUUCAAAUUAACUGGACCAUUUGGAUAUCUUACUGAUGGACCUGGGAACUAUAAAUACAAAACAAAAUGCACUUGGCUCAUUGAAGGACAGCCAAACACAAUAUUGAGGCUUCGAUUCAUUCACUUUGCCACAGAGUGCAGCUGGGAUCAUUUAUAUGUGUAUGAUGGAGACUCGGUUUAUGCACCAUUAUUAGCCGUGUUCAGUGGUUUAAUCGUACCCGAGAAGAAUGGGAAUGAGACUGUACCUGACGUUGUUUCAAGAUCUGGCUAUGCUUUGCUACAUUUUUUCAGUGAUGCUGCCUAUAAUCUGACUGGAUUUAACAUAACAUACAACAUCAACUCCUGCCCAAACAACUGUUCAGGCCAUGGAGAAUGCCAGGAAGAUACUGACAACAGCACUGUGUAUUGUGUGUGCAGUGAAUACUGGAAAGGAGAAUCAUGCAACGUCCCUUACUGCAGGGACAAUUGUGGGUAUCCAGAUCGUGGGAUAUGUGACCUGAAUGAUACCAAAGCAUGUCUGUGCAGUGAUAACUGGCAAGGUCCUGACUGCUCAUUGCCCAGUAAUCAGCCCUUUUGGGACAGGAAAGAAUAUGGGGUACCUAUGCUUGCUCGGGCUUCCCACAAGGCAGUCGUCAGUGACGACAUCAUGUGGGUUAUUGGAGGCUACGUAUUUAAUUAUUCAGAGUACCAGAUGGUUGCAGCAUAUGAUCUGCGAGAUCUGAAAUGGUUUCCAUUGAAGAAAUCUGCAAACAUGGUAGUUGGGAGAUAUGGGCAUUCCGUGGCUUUAUACAAGGAUAAAAUUUAUAUGUAUGGCGGUAAAAUCGAUUCGACAGGGAAUGUCACAAACCAGCUCUGGGUGUUUAACAUUCAGAAUCAAUCAUGGAUGCCACUGAUUCCAAAGGCUAAGCAACAAUAUGCCGUUGUGGGCCACUCUGCACAUAUUGUGCAAUUGAAAGAUGGUAGUGUUGUGAUGUUGGUCAUCUUUGGGCACUGUCCACUUUAUGGAUACAUCAGCAAAAUACAGGAAUACAAUCUUGGUAAAAAUACAUGGCAUAUACUGCAAACAAAUGGGGCCUUGGUUCAAGGAGGAUAUGGUCACAGCAGUGUUUAUGACCCCAAGACAAGGGCAAUUUACAUACAUGGUGGAUACAAAGCUGUCAGCACUAAUAAGUAUGGCCUUACAGAUGACCUUUACAAGUAUGAUGUGAAUACAAGUACAUGGACAAUCUUGAAAGACCAAGGCUUCUUCCGUUACCUGCACACUGCUAUUAUUGAAAGUGGAACCAUGUUGGUAUUUGGUGGAAACACUCACAAUGACACAUCGAUGAGCCAUGGAGCUAAAUGCUUCUCUUCGGACUUCUUGGCUUAUGACUUGGCUUGUGAUGAAUGGGCUGUACUGCCAACACCUGAUCUUUCUCAAGAUGUCAACCGGUUUGGUCAUUCAGCAGUAUUCAGCAAUGGCACAAUGUACAUUUUUGCUGGGUUCAACAGUCUUCUGCUAAGCGAUGUUCUGAUGUAUACCCCAGCCAGCUGUGAGGCUUUCACUGAAGAAGCGGCAUGUGUUGGUGCAGCCCCUGGAAUCCGCUGUGUGUGGAACACCAACAUGGCGCAUUGUGUGUCCUGGGAAAUGGCAACGGCAAAAGAAAAGCAACAGAUUCUGGACAUGUGCCCCAGCAAGACAUAUGCAGAUAAUGAAAAGUGUGAUCAGUAUACUGAUUGCUUCAGCUGUACAGUAAACACAAAUGGCUGCCAGUGGUGUCAUGAUAAGUGCUCAUCUAAGAACAGUAACUGCACAGAAGCCACUGCAUCAAUCUGGGAUUAUGAGGCCUGUCCAAAAGAUAAACCUGAGUAUGUUUGUAAUAAACUGACUAGUUGUAAAAGCUGUGCCAUGGACCAGAACUGUCAAUGGGAACCCAGGAACCAGGAAUGCAUCCCGUUACCUGAAACCAUCUGUGGAGAGAGUUGGCACUUGGUGGGAAACUCAUGUCUGACGAUCACCACCGCAAAGGAUAACUAUGAUAAUGCUAAGCUGUUCUGUAGGGGUCAGAAUGCAGCACUUGCCUCACUUACAUCGCAGAAGAAAGUCGAAUUUGUUCUCAAGGAAUUACAGAUAAUGCAUGUUUUGUCCAAAGCUACCAUAACCCCAUGGGUUGGAUUACGGAAAAUCAAUGUUUCAUAUUGGUGCUGGGAAGACAUGUCACCCUUCACAAACACAUCACUGCAGUGGAUGAUUGGAGAGCCAAGUGAUGCUGGAUUCUGUGGUUAUUUGGCAGAACCUAAUUAUGCUAGUUUGAAAGCAGCUACCUGCAUCAACCCAGUGAAUGGAAGUGUGUGUGAAAGACCAGCGAACCACAGUGCAAAGCAGUGCCGCACACCUUGUGCACUGAGGAUAACCUGCGGUGAGUGCACCAGUGGCAACUCUGAGUGUAUGUGGUGUAGUAACAUGAAGCACUGUGUGGACGCAAAUGCAUAUGUGCCUUCCUUUCCAUUUGGCCAGUGUAUGGAGUGGUACACCAAGAAUAGCUGUCAACCUGAAAAUUGUUCUGGUUAUCGAACAUGCAGUCAGUGCUUGGAGCAGCCAGGAUGCGGGUGGUGUACUGACCCCAGCAAUACAGGAAAGGGACAGUGUAUAGAAGGAUCUUAUCGAGGACCAGUGAAAAUCCCCACUGCAAAUACCCCCUAUUUACCCAUUCUGAACAUCAGCAUGUGCCCAGCAGAAACAAAAUACAACUGGUCCUUUAUCCAGUGUCCAGCUUGCCAGUGUAAUGGCCAUUGCAAGUGUGUUAAUGAAAGUAUCUGUGAGAAAUGUGAAGAUCUAACAACUGGCCAGCACUGUGAAACUUGCAUCUCUGGUUAUUAUGGAGACCCUAAAAAUGGAGGGAGUUGCCAGUCCUGCAAGUGCAAUGGACAUGCGAGCAUCUGCAAUACGGAGUCAGGAAAAUGUUUCUGCACAACAAAAGGAAUCAAAGGCGACAAGUGUCAGCUAUGUGAUGUUGAAACACGAUACCAGGGCAACCCACUGAAAGGAACCUGUUACUAUACUCUGCUGAUCGACUACCAAUUCACCUUCAGCCUCUCUCAAGAGGAUGAUCGUUACUACACUGCCAUCAACUUUGUAGCCACCCCUGAGGAACAAAACCGAGACUUGGACAUGUUUAUUAAUGCUUCAAAAAAUUUCAACCUCAAUAUCACGUGGUCCAGUAGCUUUUUAGCAGGCACACCGCCAGGAGAAGAAAUGCCAAUCGUUUCAAAGACCAACAUCAAGGAAUACAAGGACAGCUUCCCCAAUGAGAAGUUUGAUUUCAGCAACAAUCCUAAUAUAACCUUCUUUGUAUAUGUCAACAACUUCACCUGGCCUAUUAAAAUACAGAUUGCCUUUUCUCAGCACAGCAACUUCAUGGACCUUGUGCAGUUCUUCGUCACAUUUUUCAGUUGUUUUCUGUCGUUACUGUUGGUGGCUGCUGUGGUGUGGAAGAUUAAACAAAGCUGCUGGGCAUCGAGGCGGAGAGAGCAACUUCUACGAGAGAUGCAGCAGAUGGCCAGUCGCCCUUUUGCCACCAUCAAUGUUGCCUUGGAGACAGAAGAGGAGCCACCUGAUCUCAUUGGAGGAAGCAUCAAGAGUAUCCCUAAGCCCAUUGCAUUAGAGCCGUGCUUUGGUAAUAAAGCAGCUAUCCUCUCAAUAUUUGUACGAUUACCAAGAGGAGUGGGAGGAAUACCACCACCAGGACAGUCAGGUCUUGCUGUAGCCAGCGCAUUAGUUGACAUUUCCCAACAAAAAUCAAUGGAUCACAAAGAAAAGUCUGGAGCCGUGCGGAAUAGGAAACACCUUCCUCCUGCACAGCCGGCCACCUGCAUUUGACACUUCAAAGCCUCAUUUUGUCGAUCUCUGAAGGAUUUUUAAAAAAAACUUAGCUUGCGGUGCCGGUCCACUUCCGUUCCGAUAUGUGGCCAAAAGGGACUAAAAUCAUUUUGAGAAACACAUAUCUCCAUCUACCCCUCUUCUGUGCAUGUGUGAUAUUUGCUCGCUGAAGAUUAUGUGCUAGUGUCUAUAUUUCCAAGACAGAGUUUCUCAUCCUGCCACAUUACUUUUUGUUUUUUUUGCACUCACUUAGUGAAAUCCUGUUAAGAUCACAUUGCCUGGAGAAAGAGGAAAUGAUGAUCUAAAGCAAUAUCUAUUUUUUAAACAUUUUUAUUCAUCCCUAGGAACUUUAGGCGAGGGAAGGCCAGAGAAGACUUUAUAAACUUCAUGAUGUAUAAAAAAAAAAGGCGAGAUUAAAAUAUUACAUGCUUUUGACCAUUGUAACAGAUUACAGCUCUAUUGUUAGGAAGGGGGAAGUAAGUACUGUCUGUCUCAAGUCACCAGGGAUGCCAGCUCUGUUGACUUGUUUCAGAAUGAUCACAGAUCAUAUCUACACAGGGACACUGAUAACAUACCUCAGCUUGUAUAUAUAGUCAUUUAGAAUUGCUGCAUCUCAAUUUUAAUAACAUCCAGGAGCCUUCCAAGAACACUACAGAACAAAAACUAUUCUUGAAUUAAACUACCUGAUUUUUAUUCUUUUUUCUGUAGUUCUGUCUAGGUGAGCAGAUAGCCAUGUGCUUAUUCAAUCCAUGGGAAAUUUGGUAAGAAACGCUAAAUUGAAAGAAAAGUGAUUUGCAUCAUUUUUAUUAAGGGAAACUUGGUCAUGAAUUUUGUAUCUACGCCCUAAACAAUGAAAGUUAGUAAGAACCUCGUAGCAAUAGAAAUGGUCUGUUUAUAUUUGAUGCUUGAUCUUUGUGAAGCUGCCUUGCUCAAACAUAAAGGAAUAGUUCACCUAUGAAAGUGGUUUGCAUGUCUCGUGCAGCUUGAUCAACAAUAAAUCUUGAUCAAAUUCUACAUAUAAGCUUUUAUGAGGAACAGAAAUAAGACAUUAUUGUCAGCAGUAAUUAUCGACUUUCCAUGAUAACUUGGUGGACUGGCCACUGUGAUUUGAGUGCUCUGUACUAUACAUCAUGUCUUUAACACUUUCUGCUAGCCACUGGUGAAAGCGUGUUGAACAGAAUGUUGUUCUCUACUUUUCUGUUGCGAACACUUCCUUUUAUGGAUGUGAAAAACAAGCUUCCACACCUUUCUGUUUUACAGGAAGCCUUGAUGCACAAACUAUGAUGGUCUUAUGACCUGAAAGCUGGUUAAGCCAUUGAUGUUGUCGGUUUCUCUCUAUUGAACUACUUAAACAGUUUUGCUGAGCCAAUAAUGUUGUAAUUACAGAUUUAAAACUGGAAAUAAUGGAGAUUUGAAUUAAAAAUUAAGAAUGCUGGAAACACAACAGGCCAGUCAACAUCUGUGGGGAAAACAGAUCAAUGUUUCGAGCGUGGUUCUCGUGUAAAACUGAACAUUACUUCAACUUGAUCAGUAUUUUAAAAAGAAUGAUCAAAAAUUAAUGUUUUAGAUGGAAGUAUUCAUCAAAAAUAGCUCUGACAUUGAAUUACACCAAAAAUGUUAAUCUUUAAUUUAUUUUUAAAAUGUUGAAAUGCCUGCAGUGUGAUUCCAACAAUUCUUGAUAUUGUAAAAGAAAUUUUAUUUCAGAAUUUACAGCAUUCUCAGCUAUCUCCGAAUCACUCCUCUUUUGUUAUUCCUGCUGAACUGUAUCACAAAUGACUAACCUAAAAACCAGCAUUAGUGCGCGUUCAAAUUUAAUUCAAUUAUUCCAAAACUCAGAAUUAUCAGAAAUUUAAACUGAUCUUGAUUUAAUUCAUGGCAUUCGAGCGACCCAGAAAUAUAACUAACUGAUACUGAUCACUAACUUACACUGUUACAGGGAGGGACAGAGACUUAAUUUAAAAGUAAGGGCUCUCAGGACUUACCUAUAUUUGUUUUACUAUUUUUAGUAAGGCUCAGACCCUUCUAGAUUAUUAAUUGUAUCAAUAUUAAUUGUAAUGGUUCAUGAUUGUCACAAAUGGUGCAAGAAAGUUGACUGAUUCCAAAUUGUUUACUUAAAGUGUUUUGAGCUUUUUCCAGCAGUGUUAACAGCACACUGUACUGGCACCAUUCAACUCGGUCAUUCAACCCAGGGCACCUGUCAAGGUCAGAAGUCAGUGCCCAAACCAUGCACUCCAAGAAUACAUGUACAUUAUAGAAAACUUGAAUAUUUGGCACUGGGGAAACCAGUUUGUCAUUUGACUUUUGUUCCUAUUUAUUCUCAUUGGGAUGAGAACAAGACAGUUUGGGGUACUACAACUCUUUAACUGACCAAGUCAUAUUGUGCUUGUAGUAAUCCUCGAGUAAUCCAGAGUAAAUUGUUAUUAUCUUUCAGAAAGCCACACUACGACUAUAAUAUGUUGUAGAUACAUAAUGGCUGUCAAAAUUGAUGGCUUUCAAGCAUAAUGAGUAAAAACAUAAUUUGGAAUCUAAAUGCUUCCCUAGAAUUCAAUGUAAUAAAUUGAGAAAAAUAGACGCCAACAAAUUCUGAGCUCCUGGUCUGUUUGUCAAAAGGACCUUUUAUAUUCACAGUAAUUAGAUUAGCUGGUCAGGUGGUACACCCCUGUGGCUUUUUAUUGUUUGGAGGCGGUAUUACUUUUACACUCACUAGAUUUUAAAUUUUGGGGGCGUUUUUACAUUAAAGCUUAGAAAGUGAAUAUGCUGACAUCAUUGACAUUCAUAGAUAGCCAAGCUUUGGACUGGAAGGAAAGUCAGAAAGGCAUCUUCUAAACUGAAACAGAAACAUACACACAUGGAGAGGCUUUUGUUCAAACCAUUUGUUCUCUAAUGCAAAUUUUAUCAGGGAAUCGAAGCUAGUUGAAGAAUUUAUCUUUUAUCAAGAAGCAGAAACAGUCAACCUAUUUUUCUUUCCUCUUCAUAAGAUUGUAAUUUAAAAGAUAAUUUAUGAUUGGUGCAGCUCUCGUCUCCCUUUGCUAUUCACCUUUAUAUUUCCCUCACAAAAUAAUUUAUUUUGUCUUGCCAUCAGUGAAGAGGAGGGGCAAGUAGCCACUGACUGGUCAAGCCAGUUCACAAAGCUCCUAUUUUCUUUUGCCUUAAAGUAAAGCAAGAACAUUAACAAUUCUCCUUUUGUCUUCCUCCCUGUGAACAAUUCUGUUCAUUACUAUUGUACAGAUGGGACUGGGAACCAUACCUGCCCACUUGGAUCAUGAGUGCAAAAUUGAGAUAGGACUUUUUUAAAAUUAUUCUUUCAUGGAUGUGGGCGUUGCUGGCAAGACCAGCAUUUGUUGCUCAUCCCUAAUUGCCCUCAAGAAAUAUAGCAUAGGUAUAGCACUUUCUUGUGUUUAUAAUGAGGGUGAAUUAUUUUCUCCUCAAUCAUGCAUGCUUUGAAUCAUGUAGAACUUGCAAAUGCUAGCAGCUGGAAUAACGAAGAAGGGAUUAAAUUUAGUCCUCUGAUGGUCUCUUAUCAACUAUGUCUAUGGGGAAUCAGCCUGCAUUCCUUAAUGCUAUGCUACGAGGGCCUCUUAUCCCCCAUUAACACUUAUAUUUCUUCAUCCAAACGUUCCUUUACCUCAGUGACAUGAGCCUGCAUGGCAGUGAUAUUGUUCUUUAAUGCCCCUCUGCAGGCACUUUUGGUUCAGCUGGUUAUGUUAAGCUGAAACCUUGGUUGCAUUGUAACUCUAACCAACGUAUAUAGAAGAGGAAACAGCGCCUUCCUGUUCAGAUCUGAAAUUUAGUCUGCUUUUACAGUUUCCAGGUGAAAUGAAUGAAGGCUUUUUCAAAUAAAUCAGUGUUCCCACUGAUGCUCAACCCUACUUCCUUAGAUGCUAGAGUUCAAUUUCCUCAAACAGUGAAAAAAAACUAUUCUUUAAUGUCCAAAUGUCUAGAAGCAAUGAUUCAGAAAAGGUGAGCAGCUAUUAAGGAGGGAGAAAAUUGUAAAUAUUCCACUUUUCUAAAUAAUACAUUCAGGCCCUGACUGUCCGCUCAGCAGAGAGCUCUCUUGGUGAACUGGCCAACAUUCCUCUCCCCACCAGUUCCAUCAGAUAUAAAUUAACAGGUUGACCUUUCAGUCAUUAGUUGUUUAUGGAAUCUUGUAUGUGCAAAUUAGCUGCUGUAUAUCCCUACAUUAAUUGCAAUUCAACAGCAACUCAUUGAUUGUAAAGUACUUUGGAAUGUCUUGAGGAUGUAAUGAGGUGCUACGCAAAUACAAUUUUUUUUCUAGUAAAUAUAUUAGGCGUGGAGGAGUUCAACACAAUAGAAUCUCCCAAAGCUUCUGGCUGGAGAAGGAGAGAGAAGAAACUAUGACUUAUUGCUGUUAGCCAGCUUUAAGGUAGACUUGAUGCAUUUACCCAUCCAUCGCAAGUGGCAGUUUCUUUCUUUUCCUUCAGCAUUUGAACCUUUAAGGCCUUCAGUGGCCUCUCCUACCCUAGAGAUUUGUCCCUUGCCCAUGCUAACAUUUUAUCAAUUCUAAUUUAUUUCUUAAAAUUCAAGUACUUUUUAAAUAUUCAACUAAUCAGAAAGUUGUUUUAUCCAAUAUUGUUGGGCUUCUGUUAGAGAUUAGGUAGGGCCAAUAUUUGACCUAACUGGCUGUUGCAAGUAGCUGAAAUUAGCCACAAUGUAAGUUUGCAAGACAGAAUGACUUUGUGAACCUCACUUUUUGGCUGUACUUCAAAACCUUUUGAUGGACAACUCGGCUGCUGAUGUUAUUUUUCCUUUCUUCUCUUCCUCCUCCAAGCCCCCGCAUACACAACCAAUGAGACUUGUUUUCAUUUAACACCUGGUCUAUUGACAAUAGGAUUGUUUUAUCCCUUCAGGACCUGACCUCAACACUUCGACGGUUAUAUUCUGUGUAGGCCAAUAAAAGUGACAUGUUACCUUGAAUUAGUUGGCGUUUUCCAUUUGGGGUUAGUGGUUAACCCAGGUUUUAACAGAAUUUUCUAGAAAAGAUAAUCAACCUAUUCAACUUCCUAUCUCACUUGUUACUUAUAUGUAUAUAUAAAAUAAGCAAAAGUUAUGCCAUUACCAAAUGGUUUGUAGCUUCAAAAGCACUAUUAAACAUUUCAUAAAAUUUUAUAUGAAGAAUGCACUGUGCAACUUGUUUCUCUUUAGAACAAGUGUCACAUUUUGCCCUUCCAGUUAGUCACUUUUGCAUCCUGUUCCAGUUUCAGAAGGGGAGAGGGUUUGAUUUUGCUGCACCCCUUUCUAAACAAAACCCACAGGUCACCUUCAAAGCAAGAGUUGAGAAUUGUAAUUGUUAGUCGAGUAGAGUAUUCCAUCAGAUAUUUUUUAAAAUGCAUUGCAGAGAGAGAUUGUUAAAGUUAAAAAUGUAAAUACUUUAAUCUCCUUGGGAGCCCGGUCUUCGCUAACAAAUUUUAAAUAUUCUAAUUAGCUGUAGCAAUCAAAUAAAUCAGAGAAGAUUUUUUUAAUUGCUAACUUGGAUCGAACCUUGAAAUCAGAGCAUUGAAGAGUUGCAGACACAGAACUUUGAACUAUUAAUUUUUUUGUGUGUGUUUUGUUUUUUGUGUGCAAACUAUUUUGGGAGUCAGUAAGUUCUACUUUAGAAAAACUUUUUUAACACACAAAGAAGAACACGCAGCCUGUUGUGUAUUGUAAAGUGUUUUAAACAGCAAAUGUUUGAGGUGAAAAUGUUUAUGUUGCCAGGUGCAUUGUUUGCAUAAUGUGUAGAAGCAGUGAUUUCUCUUUUCUACUGAGAGGGCUGCUAUAGAAAAUUCUGCAGGGAUAAUAGUUUCCUGUAGUUAUAUGAUGUGACAUAGGUGAUUGCACGGCUGAGAAGUUAGUAACUAUUUUAAUAACUGAUAUGGAAGUCUAGCACCUUGCUGUAACACAUCAUAAAUAUACAGCAGGUUCAUCAUGUGAGUAGAGAAAAGACGAAUUAGGGGUUCUGAAAAAGACGUAACAUGCCUUUGUUUCCAGAUGCUGAUGGGCUUGCUGAGUAGUUCCAUCAUCAUCUGUUUUUGUUUCAGAUUUUCAUCAUAUGCUGUUUGUAAUGCUCCCACACAAAAAUCGCCCUCAUCUUCAUCUGAUUGUUGAACAGGAUAGCCCCACUUGAAGGUAGACUUAAAUUAACGUGAGAUGCAGUAAAGGAAAACCUAGCGAUGUGAUUAAAUUCUAGUGAUAGCACUGCAAAGAGACUGAAAGAUAACUUUCUAUGAACACUGCAUUUUACUGAAGUGCCCACACAAUCCCACCUUAUGUGCACAACUGAAAAUGUGCAUGCAAUGUCUUUUGGAUGAUAGCUAUCUUCAUUUUAUACAAUCACUGAGUUUAGUCAAAUGGCUGUUUGUUGGGGGGGUGGGGGAGGAAAAACAUUCUGGACCCCACCUCAACUUGUGCAUUUAAUUGGUCUGGUAAUCUUUUUAUAAAAAAGUGAUUAAUCAGUACAAAUGUUGGGCCUGUCCUUGAACUACUAUCUUGGGAAACCCAGAAAGAGGAGAAUUCAAUGAUGAAAAAAAAAGCUUUCUUUUUUGGAAAAGGAGUGGGGUAUUUUGGAAAAUUAUUGGCAUAGCUUUCCAAUCCUUUCUAAGAUGUACUGCAUUGCAAAAAAACAAAGGAAAUAAGUAAGUCACUGGCAUCUUAAGGAUCAAGGUGACUUAAUCUUCCAGAAUCCCAAAAUGGAAUUGGAUUUUACCAUUGUUUUAAGGAUUACAUUCCACAAUUGUGUCCUGUUUUAGGGUAAAGCUGGACUUAUGUACAUGGGGCCUGCUAGUCCAGUGAUGAUGGCAAAGAUGCUAAAUCCUUCCCAAUUGCUGCUCUCCAGAAGAGUCCCGCGCUCCCAUCUCUUAAUACGCCCUAUCUUAACAGAUGCGUACAGCAGAAAACUUGUACUUGAAACCUUGGGACCAGCUGCUCACUAGUCUUUUCCUGAUGUAUCAUUUCCUUGAUCCCUGAAUGUGUGUUGAUCCUGAACCGUGAGCUGUGAAAACGCACAACAAGGCAUCAUAUAAGCCAAUGGCUGAUUUUUCUGUAAAGUCUUCACCUACUGCUUCCAGAAUGUUCUUCCUGUAUUCUUACUUCCAUGUGCAUAAAAUUAGUAGUUUGUUAAUAUGUAUAAUUUAGCAUCGAUUGCACUGGUAUGUAAAUAUUGAGUAAGUAUUGUAAACCGUUUCACUGCGAGGGGGAGUGUUGAGGGGGUAACAUUUAGGAUUGCACUUUUUCGUAUAAUUUUUGUAUUGUAAAAUAACAGCUAAUUUAAUGGUUGAAAUUUGAAUUGAAAUGAAAAUAAUGGAGGACUUCAAAAUGGGGGAAAAGGCCUGUAAUACACAUGUAAAUAAAGGAUGAAAUUUCACUGAAAUAAAACUAGUUCCAAUUGUGA